AUGAUUCAUCCCCAUUCGUCACUCCAACACAAGUUCAUCAUCGUCGCUACGGAUUUCUUCACUAAAUGGGUGGAGGCUGAACCUUUGAAGGAGGCCUCUGGAGCAACCAUUCGCCAAUUCAUCUUUCGAAAUAUUAUAUGCAGGUUCGGCAUCCCUGAGGUGUUAGUAUCGGACAGGGGGGCAGCAUUUAUAGGUGGUGAUGUGGAGCAGCUAGUCAACAACUUCGGCAUCCAGUUUCUCCACUGCACACCUUAUUACGCUCAGUCUAAUGGUCAAGCAGAGGCCAGUAACAAGAUUAUCAUUACCCUACUGAAGAAGAUGCUUGUUGAAAACCCUCGCCAAAGGCACGAGACAUUGUAUGAAACGUUAUGGGCUUAUCGCACUUUAAAGCGAACUCCUACUGCCACAACGCCCUAUGCACUCAUGUUUGGUCACGACGCGGUUUUACCUUUGGAGAUCAAUGUUCACUCCCUAUGCGUCCAAGAUCAACAUCAUUUGAUUGGUGAUGACUACGUCCAGGCCAUGUGGCAGGAGCACGAAGACCUUAGCGGACAGUGCUUAGAGGCUUUGGACAACUUAGUGAUGGAGAAGCAACGCAUCGCUCGCGCCUACGAUAAGAGAACUCGCGGCCACAGUUAUAAAGAGGGCGAGCUCGUUUGGAAGGUAGUCCUUCCAUUUGGUGAGAAGUUGACCGGUCGUGGUAAAUGGACCCCACGCUGGGAAGGGCCCUUUGUGAUUCAUAGAAUUCUGGAACGUGGGGCUUUUCACCUCAAAGAUUUGGAUGGCGACCUCCACUGCAACCCUAUCAAUGGCUGGUUCUUAAAGAAAUACUACCCCAGCGUUUGGGAAUUUGAAGAUCCCCCAUAUUCUUCCGUUGCAAGGACAGGGGGGCAAACAUAG